UUUAACAGUGCAUUUAACUGUAUGAAUUAUACUCUAACAAGUUAACAACACAGACGAUAUAUUCAUUCAUUCAACAGUUGUAAUGUAUUUGCUUAGCUAUUUUGUUUUUACCGGAACUGCUGAUGUCAUGAAGUAGCGAGGCUAAGCUCCGCCCAUAGUCGCCUGUUCCUGCAAAAAUGGCGGCACAAACAGACCGUGGCGUGCCUCUCAGUACGCUUUCGCCAAAGUUCCUGCACACCAACUCCACCAGCCACACCUGGCCCUUCAGCGCUAUCGCUGAACUCAUAGACAAUGCCUAUGACCCAGAUGUCAGUGCCAAGCAGUUCUGGAUUGAUAAAACUGUGGUUAAAGGAGAGGUGUGCCUGAGCUUCAUGGAUAACGGAAACGGCCUCGACCAUGAAACUAUGCACAAAAUGCUUAGCUUUGGGUACAGCGACAAGAUAGCAGUAAAUGGACUGGAGCCCAUUGGUAUCUAUGGUAACGGCUUCAAGUCCGGAUCCAUGCGUCUCGGCAAAGAUGCGAUUGUCUUCUCCAAGUCAAAGAGCAUAUCGUGCAUUGGGAUGCUUUCUCAAACCUACCUGGAGAAGAUUGGAGCCAAGCAAAUAAUUAUUCCUAUUAUUUCCUUUGAAAAUAAGAAAUCAAACAGAAUCUCCGUCAAAGAAAAACAAGAAGCAAGUCUGAGGGACAUCCUGCAAUACUCCCUUUUUAAGUCUCAUGAGGAACUUCUCGCUGAGAUCGAUGCCAUCACUUCAACCUUGUCCUCAGCUAAAACAGGCACCCGGAUCAUCAUCUGGAAUCUCCGCAGGACAUCUUCCGGAUCAACAGAGUUUGAUUUUAACCGCGAUCGAUACGACAUCCGCAUUCCCUCAGAGGUUUACGAAGAAUUAAGCGAUCCAUCUCAGCCUUCGAACAGGAGUACAUCUUAUGUUCCUGAGAGUGUGAUUUCACUGCGGGUGUAUUGUAGCAUUCUAUACCUGAAGCCACGCAUGCAGGUCAUGGUACGGGGACAAAAGGUGAAGUCUCAGCUCAUCGCUAAGAGCCUGGCCUGCAUUAGAAAGGACCACUACAAGCCCAAUUUUCUGGACAAACGCAUACCUAUUAUUUUUGGGUAUAACACCAAAAGUAAAGACCAGUAUGGUAUCAUGAUGUAUCACAAGAACAGGCUCAUCAAAGCAUAUGAACGUGUGGGCUGCCAGCUUAAGGCCAACAUUAAAGGUGUUGGAGUCAUCGGGGUGAUCGAAUGUAACUUUCUGGAUCCUACCCACAACAAGCAGAGCUUCAACGAGACUGAUAAGUACAGAAAAACCAUCAACAGUUUGGGGACUAAACUGGAGGAGUACUGGAACGAGAUCCGUUACAGAAUGACCAAAGAAGACCCAAACAGCACCGUGCCAGUGGAAGAUACCAUGAAGCGACCGGAUCAGAACUGGGUGCAGUGCGACGGCUGUUUGCAGUGGCGUAAACUCCCGGACGGGAUCGACGUCAACAAGCUGCCGGAUAAGUGGUACUGCUUGUUAAACCCCGAUCCACAGUUCAGGAGCUGCAAGGUAGAAGAAGAGCCUGAGGACUCCGAUGAUGAUCAGCCGUCGUACCGGAAGACCUACAAACAACAAGAGAGGGAGAACAAAAAGAAACAAGGACAGAAAUUUGAACAGGAUGAAGAAGAGCGGUAUUUGGAUUUGGAGAAAUUGGAUAGAGAGUCCAAAGCUUUUAAACGACAGCACAAUAAGCUUACCCGGCAGCUUCAACAAGUGUCUGCUAAUUACCCGACGAGUAGGGCUGAUUCCACCCUGCGGAUGUCCUCAAACAUUUCACAAGCUCGUAAGGACAUGAUUUCUUCAGCAGCCAGCAGCCCUCCCAGCAGCGACUCUCCUCUAGUGAUCACCAACGUUUGCUCGCUCUCAGCGGCAUCAGCAACCCUGAGGGGGAAAAGGAGCCAGGUUGUCACUCCACAAAGCACGCCAAAACGACCCAGAGUGAACGGUUUUCAGCCGGGCGCCUCUGACACCCCCGUAUCCGUGCGCAUUGACAGCAGCGACACAGAUGAGACCGAUGAUGACAUUGUCAUCUUGGAAACUGCAAGUACGCCCAAACCCAAACAGCCCAUUGGUACUUUAAGGAAAGUGAAGCAAGAGAAAGAGGAGAGUGAAAAUCAAAUCCCGAUGGUGCUAGAGUGCACCGACGACGCUGCUGUGGACGAGACCUCCGAGGCGACGGCCGAAGCCGAAACCUGCCCACCUGCAGCAGUGGCCAGCGCCACCACCCAGACCGCCGCUUUUGAAGUGAAGGAGGAACAACAGAGUCAGAUUCAGAUUGAGGGGAACGGCGAAACGGCUAGUAGGAGUGGUUCAACUCCAGAUCUGCCCGUUGAAAGAGAAGUGAAGAAGGAACAGCAGAAUCAAACUGAAGGGAGCUACGAAACGGCGAGUAGGACCGGGUCAAAUCCAGAUCUGCCCAUUGAAAGAGAAAUUAAGCUGGAGAGCAGUGACGGGGUUCAGAACCACCAAGGGGAAUCCUUGAGCAACGGAGCGGCACAUAUGGAGAGUGAUGAAGGUGCUGGUCCUUCUUCUUCUGUUCUGCAGUACCCCAAUAUCGAUGAAGUUCAGAAACAACAAGAUAAGCUCGUGGAGCUGAUGCAGGAAACGGCCCAGGAGAGAGACGCCUUGAGAGAGCAGCUGAAACUUCUCACCUCUCAGCUGGAGGAUGUGCAGAGCCGACUGCAGCAACAGCCUCAGGCCAAGGUAAAGGAGUCCUCACACCAAGCCUGCCAGACUGACACUCAGACAGACUACAAGGGCCUUUUUGAGAGGGCCAAACAGAAAAUAAAUGAUUUAAUAAGGGACAAAGAGGCUUUAUUGGCAGCUAACGAGAGCAAGAGCAAUCCAAACUGUGGCCAAGAUGAGGAAAAUGACAUUGAGGAGAUUUCGCUUAAAGUCAGCCGUUUGGUCCAUGAACUAGACGAGAGGAACAAGGAAAGAGAAGAACUGCGCCUUCAGCUGGAUAAUCUGGAGGAGGAGAAGUCGACUUUGGCAGCCCAGUGUGAGGAGCUCAAGUUGAGAAUGCAGCAGCAAAGAGAAAAUGCUCGGUCUUCAGCAGGGUCCCGCACCUCUGGCACAAACUCAGACGCCUCCAGUUGCUUGAUCGAGCUCCGUCAGAACGUCGGCCGCCUCCUCGUCUCCCGGGUGCCGGCGCUGGACCUGGCGCAGGUUAAUUUCGAAUGCAACGUCAUCGAUGAGAUCCUCGAGCAGGUUCUUACAGGCACAGACUUCUAAUUCCCAGGCUGAAAGGCUGCGCUCGGUUUGGAAAAUCACCUCCGCUGAAUUAAGGUCUUCCUGCUGACUCUCGGAUCUGGAACAGGUCCAAACCUGACCGGUUUCCAAAAUGGAUUGUAAACUGUUGGGCUUCUGAAGAACAUUUUCAGGGAGUCAAAUGAAUGUCUGAGGUUUAUUUAUUUAAAAUGUUCACAUUUUAUGAUCUCUUUUUUUUUUUUUUUUUAAGUGUGUCUCAGUUACAGAUCUGCUUUAAAGAGAAUCUGUGUGAUGUUUGUUCCCAUGCAUUGUUCCUAAAUUAUGGAAGGUCGCGUUCUGUCCUGCGCCUCUCACCGUCUUCCUGUUUCAUAGUCUGGCUUGUGUAAAAUCUGGACAUCCGUCGUCGUUACCAGUUUUAUACAAAUCCUUCCAGAUUCUCCUGCUUAGACUUGCAAAAUCAGGAAUCUUAACUCAUCUGAAUGGUCAUGAAUACAUGGUUGUUUUUGCGCUGCAGGGGGAAAAGGAGCCAGGUUGUCACUCCACAAAGCACGCCAAAACGACCCAGAGUGAACGGUUUUCAGCCGUUCACUUUUUUUUGUGAUUUUACUUAAUUUUAGCAUCUUUUAAAUUAAUAAAGGAGGUUUUUUACAUUUUAAUCGGAAGAUUUUAGUUAUUUUAUUUCAUGCUUACUGUUUUUGACCCGUCUAAGUGUCACACUACUUCCUUUUUUUUUUUUUCCCCAAACAUGUAUAUAAUGUUAAAUCUAUUUUCAUACUCCCUAUGUUCUGUGUAAAUCAUUUGUUCUCUAAUUUUGACAGAUAUUGUGAAGUUCCAGCAAUAAGCCUUGCAGUACAUUUCUGGAUAUUGCCAAUUGAACUUAAGCUUCACGUUUCUGUGGCUGGUUUUGUUCAAACUGCAACUAAGAGCUAUGGCGAACUGAAUCUGAAUGUCGUUUAUUGCAACUAAAGAGAUUUUAGAAACAUAA